CUAGCAUGUUCCAUGGUUUAAAAAAUAUCGCCUCAUCGAAACUUAUCGUGCCAAAUAAACAAAUCUGGAGAUGGUUGAAGAUAUUUGGGUCAUCUUUAUAGCGACAGAACUAUUUACGUGAUUGAUAGGAAUUUUAAAGUCUGAAAGUACGUGCUAUUGGGAGUUUGGAAAUAUAUUGCUGCAAAUUUAAGAUGGCAGAAAGGGUUUUGAAGAUAGGAUUCAUUGGCGCUGGUGCUAUCAAUUUUGGUCGUCCGCAUUUGCCCUGGGACCACGCCUCCCGCCUUGAGCAGAUUGGCGGCAUCGAAGUCGUAGGCAUCGUAGAACUGGAUGAAAAGUUAGCUACAGAAGUUCUCCAAACUAGACAGUCGUCUGCUAAGUAUGGCAGUAUUUACAAAAAUUGUAAAAUCUUCAAGAACUACAAGGACCUCAUUAAACUGCAGCCAGACGCAGUAUUCAUCGGAAUACCACCUGCCUACAGAGGGUCUUUUGGUGAGGGUAAAGAUCUGGAGCUUCAAUUUGCACGAGCAGGAAUAAACGUGUUCGUAGAGAAGCCCCUUUCGGUUUUGGCACCAGAAGAGUUCAUGUCCUACGCUAAAGCUGUGACGGAGACGUGUAAGGAGAAGAAUGUUAUUCUGUCUGUGGGAUACAUGUUCAGAUACCAUGCUGGCAUACUCAAGAUGAAGGAACUGAUAAAGCAACAUGGGGGUAAGGUGAUGGCACUGAACGCGCGAUAUUACUUUGCAUACACUAAAGCUAUCAACAAGUACUGGUUCAACGAAGACUUCAGCGGAGGACCAAUCGUCGAGCAGGCCACUCACUUCUGCGACUUGGCGCGCUAUAUCGUUAGUGACGUAGAAGUAGACACGAUUCAUACUCUUCUACUCAAAGAUUCCGAUCCUAGCGGCGCAGGUCAUCUAGACUACGUACCCCAAGAAGCCGAGGACGACAUUACACCCGCCAAAAGAAUCCCAAGAGUUACAAUGAGUCAUUGGCGAUUCAAAGAUGGCGGGCUGGGAACACUGAUGCAUUCAGUUGCCCUUCCAGGAACAAGGUACGAAGCCAAUAUAGACGUUCAGCUAGACGGCCUCAAACUGUCGCUAAUCGAACCGUACGAGAAGGACUGCAUUCUACGAGUCCGCAGUAUCAAUAACGAGGACGCCAACAAGGACCAAGACUUCACUUUUCCUUCCGACGAUUCGUAUCUGACCGAACUGGGGGCCUUCAUAAAGGCCAUUCGUACAAACGACCCUUCUUUGGUGAAGAGUCCCUACAGUGACGCGGCUCUUACCUAUCAAAUGACAUGGGCCAUUCGGAGAGCGUCUUAA